GUGACAGCCCCAAGCUGUGAAGGCAAGUGAAGGCUGUACAUGUAUUUUGCAAGCAGCUCUAAGCCCAAGUAUAUUAAAGAGGACUGCUGCUGAAAUGGAAAUGGACACAGUCAUCUGUGUCGAUCCAUUCGGCUGUUUUGUCACUAUGGCUGAGGCUACAUUUUCACGUCUCCACUGUGAGAGUGAAAGCUUCAAGAUGGAUCUCAUUCUGGAUGUGAACACCCAAUUAUAUCCAGUGGACCUUGGUGACAAGUUCCGUCUGGUUCUGGCCACGACAUUGAGGGAAGAUGGUUACCCUGACGACGGGGAGUACACACCCCUCGACGAUGGUACGCCCACCAGGGCGAGCAGCUUUGAGUACGUCAUGUACGGCAUUGUGUAUAGAAUCGAAGGGGACGAGAGCUCGACUGAGGCCGCAUCCAGACUGUCUGCCUACAUCUCGUACGGAGGGCUGUUGAUGAGAUUACAGGGGGACGCUAAUAACCUACACGGCGUGGAGCAAGACAUGCACGUCUACCUCCUCAUGAAGAAGCUUGCAUUCUGAAAUCCUGACAUCCCCCCGCCCCUCCCCCCUUCAAUCAGAGGUUUACUUUUUCUGCCUCCUACGGGCAAUUUGCAGUACAGUGCGACUCCCAGAGGUUGCCAUGGGAAGGCCAGUUUUGGCAGUGCUUUGUGGGAAAUGGUUGACAAAUUCUACUUGCUGGCCGUGGGGGGAAUUGGAAUCAUUCCUGAUAUUUGUUAAGAAGAUUUGUAAUCAGUUUUCGACUGAGCAAAUGUAACUUAUCAUUUCUUUUUGUAUUGCAUUGAAUGACCCAAUCCAUUAAAUUUCCCAAGUUCCUUACUGGCACACGUUCCAAUGAUGCAAGUCGCAUCACAAGGCUGCCAUGAUUUUAUCCACCGCAAACUUAACAAAUGGCCUCUCUGUGUCAAUUUCUUGUUGGAGCACUGUAUUGUGAAUUGCCCGUGUUGUUUCAGACAUUUUCUCAAAACUUUAAAAAGGAUUCAGGAAUAGUGUUACUGUUAAACCCCGGAAAAGGUUGACUGUCUUAUUGGAGGGCAGGGUUACAUAUUAUUUAAAUUCUGCAGUAAGUGGAAUACGUUUUUUGUUUGGAAGAGUCAUUUCUGACUGGCUCAACCUCCCCUUCCCGUAUUAGUUUUAUUACAUUACUUUGUACUUUUAGUUCCCAUGGCAACAGUACAUGACAAAAGGAAAUCAUUUGUUGAUGAUCCUGCGCUGAAUGAAUUUUCCCCAAAUAGUUUAUGUCAUUCCACAUCAAAAUGUUGACACAGGCCAAGUUCUUAGAGGUGUAGAUCUCCAACUACAUGUAUAUAGCAUUUUAAUGAUGUAAAUAACACUGAACAAAACAAGUCCUUUUCUGUAAAUUGUUUGUCCCAUUUGUGGUAAGAACCUCAGAGGAUCCGAAAAAAGAUGUUUCCCUCUUCAAAACGAUUGUACAUUUAAGCGUGAAUUAUUUGUAAGAGGACAUUUUAUUUGUUAUUGUGAUUUGUUAAAAUAUAUGUUCAACUUAGCGGGAAAAAAGAAGCCAGACGACCAGCAACUCCAAACCAUUUCUACUUUUGUGACAUCAAAAAGCUACUUUAAAGUCGACAAAAAAAUUAAACGUACUUUUCCCGCUCCUAUUUUGAAGAGUCUAUACAAGUUUGUGUGCUUUUGUUCCUGUCUAUUUUCUAGGUCUGGUAAUUUUUUUAUGCGUGUGAUACGAAUGGCAUACUGAAGUGUUCUGUUGUGUCAUUGUGGAAUUUUUUGCUUGAAGGAGAGACAUGAUAUUCAGCGGCUCAACAGGUCAUGGCCGUUAAGACCCAUUUUAUUUUAAUGCCGACUUCUGCCGGUUUAAUGCGGUUGUAAAAAAAAUGCACGUGAAGUUUGUGCACCUGUUAGUUUUUGCCGUGGCAAAUUGCCCACUUGUCAGAUGAUCCCAGUUUCACGUGACCUCGCCAAAUGUAAAUGCCUGUAGAUUUCCUUUUGUUAAAGGUUACCCAACUGUAAACAAAAAAUACCUGAGUACAUGUGAUUGAUUUUUCGAGAUCGACUGUUUGUCAGUUUUAAAUUGAAGUAAGAAGCAAAUACUAUGAGAAAAAACUUCAGUGGCUCUGUAAUGAAAUGAGAAUGUGUUAAUCGAGUCAGGAAAAAGUAUUCAGAAGGUUCUGCCAACACAUUUAUCUGAUUGCUUCAGAUUGGUAGGGUGCAUUGUGAUAAUAAAGAAAAUGCUCAUUCAAGUAAA